CGUGGGCACAAUGUAGCAGUGAAUUAGAUAUUGUACUGGACAUACUGGAAAAGAACAGUUACAGUAUCGUAUUGAACUCAAAAGACCUUGACUUUUGCCAACAUUCUCUAUUGAGACGUUUUUGCAGUAGGAAAGUCAGAGCAAAACCAAAGGAUCAUGGCAAAAUCUAAAAGUGUGUCACACCAUCUGGAGUUCUGAUUUUAAACAGGUCAUGGAUAUCUCAAAGCAGUGUUGAUGGUUUGUAAUACAUGGCUGGCACAUCAAUGAUGGCUGGAAGAGCCUGGUCGGUUGGUGUUCCUUGCAAAAAUGGAUAGCAGGGUGGUGGCGUUAGAGUCUGUCCUGCUGGUGGAUGGUGGGGAGACCAUUGUGGUGCAAGGGCUGUGGGUGGCUCCUAGUGUGAGUGGCCAGGGGAUUACUGGUGCCAUCCAGAGAUAUGUGACAGUGUAUUCCUGCAGUCACUCUCCACAGGUCACUUGCCCGAAGACUGUGCCGAGGACACGACCCCACACCUGAAAAACUGUAUAGAUGUCAUCUGUUGGCCAAAGAGGUGGUCUACCCCUCCCCAUUCGACUGUAAGCCAAUGGAGGGCGUCUGAGAGCUACUCUUUGCUGUUUCACUCAGGAGUGAAAGAGAAGCAGGGAGUGCAGAGAUGGAUCUCAGAAAAGGAUCUUCUGUUGCCCUCUCCGGGUGGCCAUCUGAAGUGCAGAUGAACCCAGUUUAUGUCCCUGGCCUGGAGGUAAAGCUGGGAGCACUGGUUGUUCUUUUCUCCAUCACACUGGUCUGUGGCUUCGCCCCUUUGUGCUUAGUCAGGGGGGCAGGGAGGUGCAAUGUAGACCCAGAAACGCGUCACAAGGUAGUGAGCUUGGUGAGCUGCUUCGCUGGAGGAGUGUUCUUUGCUACUUGCCUUCUGGACCUGGUGCCUGACUACCUAUCUGGGAUCAAUGAAGCAUUUAGUAGCCUGGGCAUCACACUUCAGUUCCCUCUACCUGAGUUUAUCAUAGCCAUGGGAUUCUUCUUGGUCCUGGUGCUGGAGCAAAUAGUCUUGGCCCUCAGAGACCGAUCGGCGGGCCACUCUGAAGAAAGACGCGCACUAUUGGUGGACUCCAGCGUCCAAUCACAUGACAGAGAUGGCCGGAGACACUCCCACCACUCCCAUGGUAGGGAGGAAUUAGGGGGAGAGGAUGCCCACUUCCAUGUGGACUUUAACUCCACCUCGGCCAUCCGGGCCUUCAUUCUAGUAUUUUCCUUAUCUCUGCACUCAGUGUUCGAGGGUCUGGCUGUGGGGUUACAGGAGGACAGUCAAGAGGUGCUGGAGAUCUGUGUUGCUCUACUCCUCCACAAGAGCAUCAUCUCUUUCAGUCUAGCCCUAAAGCUGGCCCAGGGCAAGCUGCGGCGGGCAGCCGUGGUAGGUUGCCUCCUGCUCUUUGCCCUCAUGUCCCCAAUGGGCAUUGGGCUGGGCAUUGCCCUCACCGAGACCAAGUCAUCCCCCCAGCACCAGCUGGCCAGGUCCACCUUAGAAGGCCUGGCGUCUGGCACCUUUAUGUAUAUCACCUUCAUGGAGAUCCUGCCCCAUGAGCUAAGCUCCCCGCAGAACCGCAUCCCCAAGGUGGCCAUGAUUCUCACUGGGUUCGCAGUGGUCACUGGGAUGCUGUUCAUCAAAAUGUAAAUAUUCUGUAGAUCAAUUCUUUGGGUCUGAUUUGAUCAAAAACAAAAACAAAUUUUCUCUUGUGCCGUGAGAAUGCAAUUUGGACUGAUAAGCAUUAAACAACGUUUACAGCAUGAGACCAAAAUAUACUCAAGCGUGUCAUUAAUUCAAACAAGUUUUCUUAAGGUGCAGGGUGAAUGCUGGUUUGCCUUACACUGGAAACUUUAUUCUUUUCGUUUUAAUAUGUAGAUGAAUGUUAUUCAUUCAGAUUUAAAAAAUGAUAUAUGCUAAUCCUGCCAUGCUUUGAAAUUAACAUCAUAUAACGUUUUCUAUUUUAGAUAUGAGAAUUUGAAUGUAUCUAUUUUUUAUAUAAACAAUGACAUGCUUCACAAACGGCUUUCUGUAUACCGUGAUGUGGUCAAAAUUACCUGAUUUAAAGAAAGGUAAUAUGAGCAUUAUAAAACUCCUGGUUUGAUAUUAUAGCAUACCUAAUGUUUUGCUGGCCGUGAAAUCUGACUAGCUGUGUCCUGAAUUGUACACACAUUUGUUUGUUCAGUAUUAUGACUGCCUAGCCCCCCAAAAAAACAUAAGAGCAUAUACAGCUGGCUACUACUUUAAAUGCUUAAAAAGAUACAUGGAGUGGUUGCUCUUUGUCAGAGCCUUACAUUGAGAUCUAAAUAUAGGCCCUUAUUUCACUGCCAUGUGGUGAGAGCUUUGAAUUAGUCCUCUAUUCUCUUGUAAAACUUGAGUUUGAAUAAUUGAAAUGGCUGCUCUUGUUUUUAUGUUCACUUUUAUAUAAGCACUUGUUUAUCUGUACCUGGUUUACUGAUUUAAAAGUAAUCUGAAAUUA